AUGCAUUUAGGAGCCAGUUUGUUCUUUUGGGAUAGGAACAAGAGCACUGAGAUGGAGAUGGUGUAUAAGCACAUGUGUUAUAUUAGUCAAUGGAACAAGUGAGCAAAGAAAAAUUUUAGAGUUGGGUGAAUGAUCUAUAGAUCAAUUUGGGGAUGACCUACAGGUCCCUUUGAAGGGACAGGUAAUUCUUUCUAGUAGCAAGAGGACAAAAAUAGUGAAAUAGAGGGUUUAUGCCGAAAUAUAUUUGGGGAGGUGGAAGUCUAUGAUUGUCUUUUGUUGGGGAGGGGGUUGAUAAUUAGUCCUAGUAGAUUUAUAUAGGUGCUGGUGAAAGUUUUUAUUUUGCCUGCAGAUUAUGGUAUAUUUUUAGUAGCAGGAUCAAAAGCGCCUGUAUCUCGUGAAAAUGAGCACAGACAGCAUGAGAUUCAUUGGUUUCUGAACCUUUUAGUAAUCCUCAGACAUAAUAUUUACUAGAUUUUUUAAAUCUCCCCUCUUUCUGUCAAUAUCAGAGCAGAAUAUAUGUUUACCUUCCCUGCUCACUUUUAUUCUCACAAUAAGCGACUUGGUCCAAAGCCGUUAAGCCAGAUCUUCUGCUAGCAAGAGUAGCACAUUGGGACAUUAUCCAUGCUUCUCAUUCCCAAGGAAGAUGAAACGUUUCCUACGGAGGACACCCCAAGUCGGUCCAUUUGUGUUACAGAAAACUCAGCGAUGGUCUUCAGCAUCCUCCGCCAGCCGGCCACUUCAGGAGGAGGUGGUGCCGGAGGCGGGAGCUGCACCCCAACAGCUGCGUAUGAACCCCCUUGGCAUCCAGAUGCUCUCCAAGGGGCUUCACAAGCAGAUUUUCCGAGGUGCUCAGGUGCAGUAUUCAGAGGAAGACGUUCAGAAGAGCAUCAGACACUUGCAGAAGCAUGACUUGUGGGGUAAAGAGACAUCGACCCUACCUGAUGUGGAGCUGCAGCUGCCUCAGAUGUACGGGGCCAACAUUGACGAACAUUUCCGGAUUUUGGCACAGAAGCAGAGCCUCCCGUAUCUGGAGGCUGCUAAGGAGCUUCUCCAAUAUGAGAUUCCGGCAAUGCCCACCGAGUGGGCUUGGGAAGUGGGCUGGACACAGUAUGGACCAAAUGGAGAGAAGAAAGCUGUGGAUUUUCCUGACGAGCAAGCCCUGGUGUUUGAUGUGGAAGUCUGCGUGGAGGAAGGGCACUGCCCUACGCUUGCCGUAGCUGUUUCUCCAAGUGCCUGGUAUUCCUGGUGCAGUCGACGACUCUUAGAGCAACGGUACACCUGGUCCAGCCAGCUGACUCUGUCGGACCUCAUCCCCCUGGAAACAGGGAGCCAUCUUGGCAAGCAGGAUUGGUGUGAGAGGCUGGUGGUGGGUCACAACGUCUCUUUUGACCGAGCACACAUCAAAGAGCAGUACUUGAUCCAGGGUUCCAAGAUGCGUUUUCUGGACACCAUGAGUAUGCACAUGGCCAUCUCGGGACUGACUGGUUUCCAACGCAGCCUUUGGAUGGCAGCGAGGCACGGCAAAAGAAGAGGGCAGCAACAGGUCCAGGAGCAUAUUAAGAAAAUGGGCAGGAAGACAGAAGGUUCUGCGAUUGCCUCCUGGGACUGGGUGAACAUUAGCAGCAUCAACAACCUUGUAGAUGUCCAUGCCUUAUAUGUUGGGGGUGAGCCCCUGGGAAAAGAAGCCCAGGAACUCUUUGUCAAGGGGAGCAUGAGUGACAUCAGGCAUAACUUCCAGGACCUGAUGAAAUAUUGCGCCCUUGAUGUCCUGGCUACGUAUGAAGUAUUCCAGGCCCAGCUUCCUAUUUUCUUGGACAGGUGUCCCCAUCCAGUGACGUUUGCUGGAAUGCUAGAAAUGGGGGUCUCCUACCUGCCUGUCAAUCAGAACUGGGAGAGGUACCUGGAUGAAGCCCAGCUCACUUACGAGGAACUGCAAAAGGAGAUGAAGAAGUCUCUGAUGAAGCUAGCUGACGAUGCAUGCCAACUGCUUCAUGAGGAAAGGUACAAAGAUGAUCCCUGGUUAUGGGAUCUGGAAUGGGACCUCCAGGAAUUUAAGCAGAAGAAGAGCAAACCUGUGAGGAAGAAGAAGAAUCAAGAUGGCAGCGCUGAGCUUCCCAAAGAGGUGGAAAAGACCUCCAUGGAGGAGUGGCAGGAAGAUCCUGGUCCCCCAACUGAAGAGGAAGAGCAGAGAGUCCCCCAAAGUCAGCUGUGCCUGGAGCGCCUGAAGGAGACGGUGGCUUUGCAGCCCAAGAAAAUUCAGCAUCUACCUGGCCAUCCAGGGUGGUACCGUAAGCUGUGCCUGCGGGUGGAUGAUCGCGCCUGGGUGCCUGGGCCUAGCCUCAUCAGCCUUCAGAUGAGAAUGACUCCGAAGCUCAUGAGGCUGACUUGGGAUGGCUUCCCACUGCAUUACUCUGAGAAAUACGGAUGGGGCUACCUGGUGCCAGGAAGGAAGGAUAAUCUGCCAGAGUGUGCUUCAGACAGUGAAACACUGCCCACAUGCCCUUUCAGGGUUAUUGAGCAUCUGUACAGGAAACACUGUAAGAGGAAAGGCAAAGAGCAGCCCGUCUCGCUGGGGGCCCCAGUGGAAGAAGAGUUCGUGUGGACAGACCAGAGUGCUUUCUGGCAGAAGGUUGAGGAACUUGGCCGCCUGGAGAUGGACAUAGAUGCGAAUGGUGUCACCCCGCAAGUGAGGCAGGAAGAGGCGGAAUCCGCCAAGAGUCGUCCUGACUUCCAUCAUGGCAACGGGCCGUACAAUGAGGUCAACAUCCCCGGGUGCUGGUUUUUCAGGUUGCCUCACAAGGAUGGGAGCAGCAACAAUGUUGGCAGCCCCUUUGCCAAGGACUUCCUGCCCAAGAUGGAGGAUGGCACUCUAGAAGCAGGCAUCGGGACCACAGACGGUACUCGAGCUCUUGAAAUCAACAAGAAGAUCUCCUUCUGGCGAAAUGCCCAGAAACGAAUCAGUUCCCAGAUGGUGGUGUGGCUAAAGAAAGGAGAGCUGCCUCGAUCCGUGACCAGGCACACAGACUAUGACGAAGAGAACCGCUACGGGGCCAUCUUGCCACAGGUGGUCACCGCUGGGACAAUAACCCGUCGAGCUGUGGAGCCCACCUGGCUAACAGCGAGCAAUGCGAGAGCUGACCGUGUGGGCAGCGAGCUGAAGGCCAUGGUUCAGGUGCCACCUGGCUAUCACCUGGUCGGGGCCGAUGUCGACUCCCAGGAACUUUGGAUCGCUGCUGUCUUGGGCGAAGCGCAUUUUGCUGGCAUGCACGGUUGCACAGCGUUUGGCUGGAUGACCCUCCAGGGGAAGAAGAGCAACGGCACAGACUUGCACAGCAAAACCGCCUCCACUGUUGGGAUCAGCCGAGAACAUGCCAAAGUGUUUAACUACGGGCGUAUUUAUGGGGCCGGGCAGCCCUUUGCCGAGCGCCUUCUCAUGCAGUUCAACCACCGCCUGACGGAACAGCAGGCCAAUGAAAAGGCUCGGCAGAUGUAUGCCGUCACCAAGGGCAUUCGGCGCUGCCACCUGUCGGAGGAAGGAGAAUGGCUGGUGAACGCGCUGGGCAUCCCCGUGGAAAGAGGGGAGGAUGGCUCCGUGUCCUUGGAAGACAUGCGGAAGAUACGUAAAGAAGCAAGGAGACGGUCUCCCAAGAAAUGGAAUGUGGUGCGCCAGCAAGUGUGGGCCGACGGGACGGAGUCUGAAAUGUUCAACAAGCUGGAAAGCAUCGCCAUGUCAGACUCUCCCUCCACCCCUGUGCUGGGCUGCCGCAUCAGCAGAGCGUUGGAGCCGGCCGCUGUCAAGGGAGAGUUUGUCACCAGCAGAGUGAACUGGGUGGUCCAGAGCUCGGCAGUGGAUUACCUGCACCUGAUGCUCGUGUCGAUGAAAUGGCUCUUCGAGGAGUACGGCAUUGAGGGACGUUUCUGCAUCAGCAUCCACGACGAGGUGCGCUACCUGGUCCAGAGCGAGGACCGCUAUCGGGCGGCUCUAGCCUUGCAGAUCACCAACCUCCUCACACGGUGUAUGUUUGCCUAUAAGCUGGGCCUUGGAGAUCUGCCUCAGUCAGUGGCCUUUUUCAGCGCCGUGGACAUUGACCAGUGCCUAAGGAAAGAAGUAACGAUGGACUGCAUCACUCCGUCUAACCCCAGAGGGAUGGAAAGGAAAUACAACAUCCCCCAGGGUGACGCUCUGGAUAUAUAUCGACUUCUUGAGUUAACCAAAGGCUCACUGAAGAAAGGAAACUAGGGAUUAAGGCUUCAGGCAGCUAA